UAUUAUUCUUUUCUUCUUCUUGCUUUUACUGUGUUCUGUAGGCCAUACGGUAUAAUCAUUGUAGCGGGACAUAAUAUUCUCGGAAACCCACUGGUCUGAACUGGUGGGGAGGGUGUGGGUGUAGAGAAAGGACAUGUGGGGUACCCCCGACAAACCGGAACACUGUCGAAUUCUUGGGAAUUCGUAACAGAGAAGUAUAACACAAUGUUUAAAAGGUGCGGAGGAUUGGCAUGCUAUGGAAAGAAAAUGAAAUACAAAGCGUCACUAUACCCGAUCUCAUCAUUCUAGUUUUUAGCUCCGGUCUAUGUGCACCACUCUGCGAUUUCUACACGAACUCAGAAGUUAUAAUUGACCGAGUCAGUGAAAAAUGAAGACGUACAUUUUAUUGACCCUGGUUGUGUGUAAAGUGUGUGCCGUAGUGCAAGCUAAUAAUAUGGAAGAUGAGGGACUCAAGGAGAGUCUGAGAAAUCUUCUCAUGAGGUUGGAAACACGGGAGUUUGAGCAAAAACUGAAUGAGAAACUGCCCGAGCAGAAACUUAACAGGUAAUCAUCUUUCCAUUCUACAUGUACUGAGAAAAAUGGACAACACCCAGAAAGACGGAGCUUCGACAUCUGCAGCCAAGAUGGAUGCAUCAAGUGGACUAAUGAUGAACUGGAAUAUAGUAGAUCUACUCUCCCAGAGUGUAUAUGAGAAAUACUGGGCUGUUAGAAAUGUAGUAGAUCUGGUGGAAGAGGGAUGCAGUGUGCCAUUUAUUGCACGAUAUCGGAAGGAACGGACUAAUAACAUGGAAGCCGACAAAAUCAGAGAGGUUGUUUCUAAACUGGAAGAGCUCAAAAGCGUGCAGAUCAAAGCAACAACUGCAGUCAAGCAGAUAGAAAAGAGUGGGAAAAUGACUGACAGAUUACUAAAUGCCUUCAAGAAUGCUGAAACCAUUGAGGAAGUCAAAGUGUUGUUUGUUCCGUAUAAGACUGGAGCUAAGACGACUCUAGCAGAGAGAGCGAGAAAGUUGGGCUUGGAUCCUGCUGCCGAGAGCCUUCUUCGUUGGCCGGCUAAGUUUCAGCUUACGCACUUUGUCGAUUCUGGAGUGAAAGGGAGAAGUUCGGUGGCAGAGGUAGCGAAAGGCAUUGAGCAUAUCUUGACAGACAUCAUAGCAAAAAGUAGCACAGUCGUUAACAAACUCAGACAGCUUAGAGUGAAGCAGAACCCACCUCCAAUGAUCCAGACAAGUCAGAGAGCCAUAACUGAAGAGAAUCAAGGAGCAUCGGACACUUACGUCCUGUAUUAUGAUUUCUCUACGUCCGUCAGAUCAAUCAAACCACAUCAGGUCAUGGCUAUAAACAGAGCUGAAGUUCUCAAAGUUUUGAACGUCAAGUUGUGUAUACCAGACAGCACUGUAACCAAGCUCAAGACAUUCUGCCACUCACAAUGGAUGCCUAAAACCAGGUGUCCUGAGUUGGUCACUAAGCUCAUACAGUCUUCCAUCAGCGAGGCCUGCAGUAAACGCCUUCUGCCCAUGAUCAUUCGAGAAAUAAGAUCGAAUUUAACAAAGACAGCCGAGAAGGCUUCAGUUGAUGUGUUUGCGCUAAACCUUCGCCGACUCCUGCUGACCCCACCAGUAAGGGGAAAGGUCGUCAUGGGACUUGACCCCGGCUACAGGAAUGGAGUUAAGAUGGCCAUCACAUCAGCUACAGGUCAAAUAUUGGAAACGGAUGUGGCCAUGCUCCACGGAAGUCAUGGAAGGAGAGAAACCCAGAAGAUUGUUGAGAUGGCAAAGAGGCAUGGAUGUGAAACCAUAGCUUUAGGUAACGGAACAGCCUGCAGGGAGACAGAGGGGAUCCUGUCCAACCUCAUCAACGAUAAAGCCUUUGGUAACCUCAAGGUCAUGUACUGCAUUGUGAAUGAAGACGGUGCAUCUAUUUAUAGUGUGUCUCCUGACGCUAAAAAGGAAAUGCCAGAUCUCGACCCAAACCACAGAAGUGCUGUUUCUAUCGCUCGAAGGCUCCAAGAUCCUCUUGUUGAACUUGUCAAGAUAGAUCCCAAACAUCUUGGCAUCGGCAUGUAUCAGCAUGAUGUUCAUGACAAGUUCUUGAAGGAGGCUCUAGAUGGAGUGGUAGAGGAGUGUGUCAGUUUCGUUGGUGUUGAUCUCAAUGUGUGCUCCGAAAGUCUCCUCAGGAAGAUUGCCGGCCUGAAUGUCGCAAGAGCUAAAAAGAUUAUAGAGUACCGAGAGAAGAACGGUUUCUUUGUGAAUCGAGAGCAGCUAUUGGACAUCAAGGGUCUAGGACCAAAGUCAUAUCAGCAGUGUGCUGGAUUUGUUAGAGUGUCACCGGAGUCCACUGGACACGAUAUCCAAGCCCCGGUUGUAGACCUCACAGCAGAGGAUAAUGAACCAAUAAAACCUGGAUCCAAGAGGAAAGCGACGAGUAGCGGGAAGAGUAAAGCUAAGAAGAAGAAGAAGACCGAGUUUAUUCAGAAUCCACUAGACAUGACGUGGAUCCAUCCCGAAUCCUAUAACAUCACUACUGAGGUUCUAUCGAGGGCAGAAGCAAGUGCUAGCGACAUUGGAAAACCUCUCAUGAAAACCAAACUGCAGAGAUUACUACAAUCAACCGGUAUGAGGCGUCUGGCAGAAGAGUUUGAAGUUGGUGAACCCACAAUGCAGUUGAUUAUAGACGGACUUCAGCAACCAGUGGAUCGUGAUAUCAGAGAGGCGUACGACAAGCCACUCUUCAAGAAAAACCUUCAAUCCAUCUCAGACCUCAAACGGGGGGAUGUGCUGACAGGCCGCGUCACUAAUAUGACCCACUUUGGUGCAUUUGUUGACAUCGGCGUUCAAAAUAAUGGCCUGAUACACAACAGCAACAUCAGACCGAACUUCCUGAAGAAGGGACAACCCCUGGGACCUGGGGACAAGGUUGAAGUAAAAAUACUUCAAAUCCAAACCGCGGGGAGGAAGACUAAGAUUGGCUUAGAGUUGUGUAAACCUGUCAUGUGAUUCCUGAAGCAGGCAACCUCUCCUACCUGGGGGACAGGAUUGAGAUCAGAAUACUUUAAACCCUAACUGCAGGAAAGAACAGCAAGGCUAAGAUUGGCUCAGAGCUUUGUAAACCAGUCUUGUGAUACCUGAAGCAGGAUUGACCUCUCAGACCUGGGGACUGGAUUGAGGUCAGAAUACUUGAAACUCAAACCCUUGGGAGGAACAGGAAGGCUAAGAUUGGCUUAGAGCUUUGUAAACCAGUCAUGUGAUUCCUGAAACAGGAACGACCCCUAAGACCUGGGGACCGGAUUGAGGUCGGUACACUUUAAGCUCAAACCCACAGGGAGGAACAGAAAGGCUAAGAUUGGCUUAGAGCUUUGUAAACCAGUCUUGUGAUACCUGAAGCAGGAUUGACCUCUCAGACCUGGGGACUGGAUUGAGGUCAGAAUACUUGAAACUCAAACCCUUGGGAGGAACAGGAAGGCUAAGAUUGGCUUAGAGCUUUGUAAACCAGUCAUGUGAUACCUGAAGCAGGAUCGACCUCUCAGACCUGGGGACUGGAUUGAGGUCGGAAUACUUUAAGCUCAAACCCACAGGGAGGAACAGAAAGGCUAAGAUUGGCUUAGAGCUUUGUAAACCAGUCAUGUGAUUCCUGAAACAGGAACGACCCCUAAGACCUGGGGACCGGAUUGAGGUCGGAAUACUUUAAGCUCAAACCCACAGGGAGGAACAGAAAGGCUAAGAUUGGCUUAGAGCUUUGUAAACCAGUCAUGUGAUUCCUGAAACAGGAACGACCCCUAAGACCUGGGGACCGGAUUGAGGUCGGAAUACUUUAAGCUCAAACCCACAGGGAGGAGCAGAAAGGCUAAGAUUGGCUUAGAGCUUUGUAAACCAGUCUUGUGAUACCUGAAGCAGGAUUGACCUCUCAGACCUGGGGACUGGAUUGAGGUCAGAAUACUUGAAACCCAAACUGUAGGGAGGAACGGCAAGACUAAGACUGGACAAUCAGUCAUGUGAUUCUAGACUGUAAAAUGGAUCAGUAUAAUGGAUCAGAACCCAUGUGUGUGUCCCCCACCAUGCACUCACCCCAUGGUGUAAAUAUAGAUCAUAACAUGGCCACUCUCCAUUGAACUAACCGUCACACAGCUGGUUAUGCACUGCAGACAAACUAACAGUACGGGUAUUCUAUUGGCAACAUGAGAGUGUGAUCAAUUAAUGUGCAAGUGCUAGCUAGUUAUUGACUUUAGCGCUGUUGACAUCAGACUUUGUUUAUGACAGAAGAAUGGGAAACCAUUGUGUCUCUGCACUGUCGGGGGAAAUGCAGUACCCAGUUACAGCACUUAAACGGGUAUUGACAACACCAGAGUCCAAUUUCAUAGAGCUGCUUAAGCACAAGAACUAGCUAAGCACAACCAAAUUAUGCUUACCAGAAUAAGGUUACCAGCCAAACAACCAUGUCACAUGUUCGAUUUGUCACUGGUAUGCUGCUCUUUUCUGCUAAGCAGUCAAUUUUUAAGCAAUGCUUUGUAAUUAGUUUCUGCUUCAGCAGCUCUAUGAAAUUGAGCCCUGUACAGGGCCAGGGGUCUAGUCAUAAUUAUGUCAAUUAUGGACAAGACAAGUUAGUUCUAUAAUAUAUGUUAAAUUUGCAUCGGGGAUAAAGAAUAUUAAUUUUUGGUUUUUACCCAUACACCGAUGUGUGUAA